AUUAUCUUCUCACAAACACACUCUCUUCUCACACACUGUCAGACACUCUCUUCUCACACACUGUCACACACUCUGUUCUCACACACUGUCAGACACUCUCACGGCUGUAUUCAUUACUGUCUGUUGCUCUUUCAAAACACAGGAACAGGGACAGGAGCAGAAUGACUGGGCUUUAGCCUGGUGGAGGGGAGUAACUGGGGGUAAACAGACUGAGGACACACUGGGACUACUGUACCUCUUCCACCCUCAUGACGAAUGAAGUGACAGGAGAGAACAGACAGCAGGACAGAGGUUGGUUCCACUUCACCCUGCCGUCUGUACCCACAGCCUGUAGCUGAGGCUAGUAGGUCACUGACAUGAGAAGACAGAGAGCAGUAACUGUCUCGUUCAGACCUGCUGCUGUAGGCAUAUCUAUAAGACAUGGGUAACAGGCUAUCCCAUGAAGACAUCUCCCCUGCUGAGCUGGAUGCACUAUGGAGAGAACCACCGUACACGCUAGCGGGAACCAAUGAGCACUUCCCAGGAAAUGAUGUUAUGAAUCCAGGGCCGGGGGUGGAGUCUGGGGGCGGGGAGGCGGAGCCGGACAGUUACUGGAAGAGGAAGGAGGAGUUCACCAGAGGAAGCACCGUAUCACUGGCCGUGGGUGAGAGGUUCUCCUCAGACGUGGUGCUGGUGUUCAGCGGUCGGCGGCGCUCGGGUGUAAUACCUGACACUGAACUACAGGAGGCGCUCCGUACCAGACUCAGGGUCGUCGAGAGCAACAGUCAGGAUGUCAUCCAGCUCUUCAAGGACCUGUCUGCCCGUCUGCUGUCUGUCCACGCUGAGAAGGACAGCUUUGUCAUCACCUUCAAGACUGUGGAGGAGAUGUGGAAGUUCUCUACCUACCUGGCUCUAGGCUAUGUGGCGCGGUGCCUGGAGAAUUUCCUGUGUGACCAGUCAUUCUGGCUGGACACUGAGCUGCUGAGGGACCUGGAGAUCACUGUGACUGUAGACGAGGAACACCUGGCAACACUCUACCUGGGACUGCUGCUGCAGGAGGGGUCGUUCUUUGCCAAGGCGCUGGUGAGCAGUGGCGAGCACAGUGAUGAGGAGGAGGAGCUGUGUUUCAGAUGUAAUGACUUGCUGAUGGUUAGAGACACGGGGCAGGACAGUCACUGGGAGGGCACCCUUCUCUCCACUGGAAAACACGGACUAGUGCCUGUCAACAACAUGCAACCGCUGCCAUACCCCUUCUUCCAGUGGUUCCUGAGGAAGUACCCUGGCUGUGCCGGAUGCUCCCCAUCAGAGAGAGGACAGUUUGACCACCCUAUAGUAACUGGUUCCUGUGAGGCUGUAGUGGACCAUAACCCAGUAGGAUGUGAUGAGCUCCAGCUGAGUCGAGGUGACCUGAUUGAGAUACAGGGAAUGCUACUCCGAGGUCUGGACCUGUUCAUAGGAACACACUGCUCUACAGGAAACACAGGCUUCGUACACAAGGCUCACGUGAAGCCACUCAACGCCAAACCACUAGAUGGACAACUUGUGUUUCUGACUGAGGAGGAACGUGCGUCUCUGUCCCAGGUUAACCCCUGUAGUACUGAGCCCAGAGACAGUGACCUCCUAGAGAGACUCUUCUCCUCUGACAUCAGUACUGUCUACAAACUAGACAGACUGGAUCAGUCUGAUUUUACGUACAUCAGAAACCAACCUGAACAAGAGCAUAAGCCCCCCACCAGUAGCCGGCAGUCCAUCAUCUCAGAGAAGAGUGACGCUACACUCCCAUACCACUUCUCCUACGCACCCCAGAAUGCUGUAGGGCGUGGCGGUGACGGGGAGUUGCUGUCCUUCAGUCUGGACGACACCUUCAGAGAGAUGAACGAGUUCCAGGAUGACCCACCCCUUUUCCUGGAGGAGGGGGAGGAGUCGGAGGUCUGUGACCCCACCUUGACCCUGCUCAACAUGCAUCACUUUCAGGAGGACUUCCUGCCCCUGUAUGACCUCCACCACUCAUUCCUGUGGCUGACGUUCUCAGGGCAGAGUGAGGAGGAGUUACUGGGCCACCUGGAGAUUGUCAGGGAGGGGGCCAAGAGAAUGGGCAUGGCCUGGGCACACCGACGGGCAUGCUUCCUACUGGGGAGGCUCUGCGCCAAGAAGCUCAAGUACUCCCAGGCCCGUGUGUAUUACGAGGAAGCCCUUGGAGUCUCUGUCGACGGUUUCUCUGACCUCCCUCUCCUCAUCGCCCUCUACACCAACCUCACAGCCAUCUACCUCAAACAGAAGAUGGCCGACAAGCUGCCCCCGGCCCUGGAGAAGGCCAGUGCUCUGCUCCUCUGUCUCCCCAGCCACACCUUCACUUCCCUGGAUGAGUUUGAGCUGCUGAAGCUGGUGCUGCGGAGGUCUGUGGUGGAAGGGAACAAACACCUGGAGGCACGGGCCUGCUAUCUCACCGCCAGCCUCUUCCUGCUCCUUAGAAAGAUAGAUGAUGCCCUGCCCUUCGCAGAGCGUCUCCAGUUCCUCACUGUUACCCUGUCUGCUGAGGAGGGGCGCCCCAUCGCCCCCCUGGACCUCAACUGGCUCCUGUCCCGGCUCUACCACCGUAAAUACAUGCCCUACCUGGCCCUGGCAUCCCUCAGCCUGGACACUGGACAGGAUCACUCACUACAGGACGCCUUCCACAGGAUAGAACUGUUCAGCAGGAACUCGGUACGUCUGAACCCGCGAUGGAAAGAAGGGACGUCUCUUCUCCCAGCCCAGAUCGUGGUGUACCUGCAGCAGGCUUUGGCAAUUGCGGAGCGGGGUGACGACCUUAAGACCCAGAGAGACCUAUGUCUGGGCCUGGCCUGUGUUUACCAGCAACACGGGGCCCUGGAGAAGGCCCUGCCCUGUGCCCAGCAGGCUGUACAGACUGGGGGCGGUAUUAACGAGGAGGAGGGGUUUGAGGCGUCAGUACUGCUGGGAUGGCUGUUAGUCCUGACGGGACAGCCUGAGAGGGCACAGAACACCUUGCAGCCACUAUUACAGUCUCUAGAGGGAACCGACAGCCCGACCCAGAGGGGAGUGAUCCACAACCUGCUGGCUCUGUGUCUGCGGCAGCAGGGUGGCAUCCCCGAAGCCGGCAGCCACCUCCACCAUGCCCUCACCAUCUCCAGGGAGAGUGGCAACCAGAGGAACCAGGCCCUGGCCCUCGCCAACCUGGGCUGCCUGGCACUGGGCGUGGGGGCACCCACACUGGCAGAACGAUUCCUAUUCAGGUCUCUGUGGUUGUUCCUGGAGAUCUGGGAGAGUCCCGUUGACGAGGAACACGUCCAGACCUACCUAUGGUUGGGGCGGAGCUACAAGGACAGGGGGAGGAGCCAGGAUGCCAGGCUGUGUUAUGAGAUGGGCCUCCUCAUCUCCCUCCAGGCCAGGAAUCUACCCAGUCAGAUGGUGGUGGCUAAAGUCCUGAGUCGUCACUAUGCCGACGUGCUGUUGUAUGGACAGAGUAUCCUCUACUAUGAGCACUGUGUGUCUGUGUCCAGGGACCUGAAGGACAAGAGACUAGAGGGAGAAUAUCUAGAGAUCCUCAGUAGCCUCUACCUGUCCCUCAAUACUGAGAAGUAGGUUUAUAUAUCUGUCUGUCUCUACCUCUCCCUCAAUACUGAGAAGUAAGUUUAUAUAUCUGUCUGUCUCUACCUGUCCCUCAAUACUGAGAAGUAGGUUUAUAUAUCUGUCUGUCUCUAGCUCUCCCUCAAUACUGAGAAGUAGGUUUAUAUAUCUGUCUGUCUCUACCUGUCCCUCAAUACUGAGAAGUAGGUUUAUAUAUCUGUCUGUCUCUACCUGUCCCUCAAUACUGAGAAGUAGGUUUAUAUAUCUGUCUGUCUCUACCUGUCCCUCAAUACUGAGAAGUAGGUUUAUAUAUCUGUCUGUCUCUACCUGUCCCUCAAUACUGAGAAGUAGGUUUAUAUAUCUGUCUGUCUCUACCUGUCCCUCAAUACUGAGAAGUAGGUUUAUAUAUCUGUCUGUCUCUACCGCUCCCUCAAUACUGAGAA